CUCUGCAGCAGAGAGGCUAACGGCUAACAGCUGAGCUAACAGUAAUCACACACACACACUCAGCAGAAUGAGAAAGUCCGCGGGAAAACGGUGACCUUAUUCAGGGUGGUCGUGUGUGUGUUUGUGUGUGUGUGUGUUCUGUCAACAGCAGGAUGUCCAUCCCUGCCCCACCUCCUCCUCCACCAGGGGGCCCCCCACCUCCCUCCACCUUCAGCCAGGCCAACAACAGCCCUCCACAGCUGACCAGGGAGGAGGUCAAAGGUCGUGGCGCCCUGCUGUCUGACAUCUGUAAAGGUACAGAGUUGAGGAAGGUGUCGGUGGUGAACGACCGCAGCGCUCCGCUGCUCGACAGUAAGACUCAAACACCAAAGAGCCAAACACCAACCACAGAGCACCCAUACAUUCGCUUAUUCCAAUACCUGCACCAGCAGCAGAGCCAGCCCAAACAGCAGGGGGCGCCGUCUGAGGAGCAGCACAACACGACGUCCCUGGAGAAGCCUAAAAGAGACGGAGUAGCAACAGUAGGAGGAGGCACUGUGGGUGGAGUUCCCAAACUGCAGCCAUUUCCAGAUGUCCCACCUGGACGUCCGCCCUCCACCAGAGCCCCUGCGCCCCGCCCUCCCCGUCAUCACCACGACAACACUAAUGACUCCUCCCCUCAGGCAUCAUCGCCCUUGGAGACCAGUCACUCCCAGCGUGCUUUGCUCCUUUCUCCCUCCCCCUCCACUGGCACGAGGCACGCUUCCUCUGCUCCUCCUCCCCCUUUCUGUCGCCGUGGCAACGCCCCCUCCCCUCCCACCUCAGCCUCCUCUUACAGAGAGAAGCCACUCCCACCCACACCAAACAGCACCCCGCCCCUCCCCUCAAAACCACCCCCAUCUCCUGGCAACAACAGACGUCCUCCCAUCUCAGGAGCUAACCCCGCCCCUUCCACGCUGGCCCCGCCCCCUCAACAUUACCACAUCACCAACGGUCUGACAGGAAGUGGUGGCGAAGCAGCGCCCGAGCUGCCGCAUCGUCACAACUCACUCAGCAACAAGAGGCCCGCCCCUUCACCUGGAGGCCACACACCCACCCGAGGCCCCGCCCCGCCUCCUCCCCCAGCCUCGCCCACCCCCUCCCAACAGGGUGCCAACAGGCCGCCGCCCGCAGUCAGAGAGACGGCAGGUCGAGGAGCAGCUCCUCCUGGUCUGUCGUCGACCUCGAGGGCAGGGACAAGAGAAGCCCCGCCUCCUCCGCCUCCACCUUAUAGGAUACAUGGUAGCCCCUCUCUCCUCUGACCCCCCACCAGAGGAAAACCUC